UAAUUACUGCCAUCUCUGAUGGACGUUGGGAACCCAGCCACCAGAAGAGCGCAGCUCGGCUCUACUGUCGCCAGGGCGCUAGCGCAGGACCCAGGUCUCUCUCCGCCGGUCCCGCUGCCUGCCUCGUCCCUGGACUUUCUCCCCACUCCGGCCUCCAGGACCCGGGCCGUGGUCGGCGCUUCCCCAGAGGCCCCAGCCGCGGUGCUGCACCCCCGAGGCCCCUCUACUACCACUCUGGGCUCCGGGACGAGCUCCCGCUGGGACUGCUGCUGUUGCUGCCUCGGCUGCCGCCACCACAGCCGCCGCUGCUCCCUCAGUAGGCAGUCCCUACUUUCGAGGCGGACAUCCAUCCCGAACUGUGCGGUCCUGCCUGGCCCGACGUGGCUCCACUGGGAUUCCCCGACUGCUCUCUGUGAGUUGGGGACUUCCAUCCACCACCAGCCUCUCUCCCCCUGAACCAUGGAGAAGUCGCUUGGAAUAUUGGUCCAAGGAGGUACAUUGGGAUCGGCUGGCACUGCCACUGCGAUGCCUUCGAAGCUGUCUCUAGUGGCCUUGGCCAUUUUCGUCUCUGUUACCCAAGUUGUGAUAGAGGCCAGCUCUUGGUGGUCAUUAGGCAUGAAUAACCCUGUUCAGAUGUCAGAAGUCUAUAUCAUAGGCGCUCAACCCCUGUGUAGCCAACUGGCGGGGCUUUCUCAAGGCCAGAAGAAACUCUGUCAUCUCUAUCAAGACCACAUGCAGUAUAUUGGAGAAGGAGCGAAGACCGGCAUUAAGGAGUGCCAGUACCAAUUCCGACAUAGACGAUGGAACUGCAGCACUGUGGACAACACCUCUGUUUUCGGAAGGGUCAUGCAGAUAGGUAGCAGGGAAACAGCCUUCACUUAUGCUGUCAGUGCUGCUGGGGUGGUGAACGCCAUGAGCCGGGCCUGCAGGGAAGGGGAACUGUCCACUUGUGGCUGCAGCCGGGCUGCCCGGCCCAAAGAUUUGCCCCGAGACUGGCUUUGGGGAGGCUGCGGAGACAACAUUGAGUAUGGCUACCGCUUUGCCAAGGAGUUUGUGGAUGCUCGGGAGCGAGAGAGAAUCCAUUCCAAGGGCUCCUAUGAGAGUGCCCGGACCCUAAUGAACCUGCACAACAAUGAAGCUGGCAGGAGGACGGUCUAUAACUUGGCGGAUGUGGCCUGCAAGUGCCACGGGGUGUCUGGUUCUUGCAGCUUGAAGACCUGUUGGCUACAGCUGGCUGAUUUCCGGAAAGUGGGGGACGCCUUGAAGGAGAAAUACGACAGUGCUGCAGCCAUGAAACUCAACAGCCGGGGGAAACUGGUGCAAGUGAACAGCCGCUUCAAUACACCCACCACCCAGGACCUGGUUUACAUUGACCCAAGCCCCGACUACUGUGUGCGCAAUGAGAGCACGGGGUCCCUGGGCACGCAGGGCCGGCUCUGCAAUAAGACCUCGGAAGGCAUGGACGGCUGUGAGCUCAUGUGCUGCGGCCGCGGCUACGACCAGUUCAAGACCGUACAGACAGAACGCUGCCACUGCAAAUUUCACUGGUGCUGUUAUGUCAAAUGCAAGAAGUGCACUGAGAUCGUGGACCAAUUUGUGUGCAAAUAGCAGGGCUGCUGCCUCCAGCAGGGGGCACCCUCUCUACCCCAGAACUAUCUCCACUUUAUUUAUAGAGAGCUCAAUGAUGUCCCCCCUACACAAACCCCACCCUUACCCCCAGUUGCAAAUAGAAGCAACUAGAACCAAUUUCUGCUCCCAUCCAAGAACUACGUGGUUUAUUAUUGUUAUUAUUAUUAUUAUUGUUAUUAUUAUUAUUUGGCAAAAAGGGGGGGGGGAAACCAAGAAAAUAUUUAUUUUAUGAGGAAAAGGUGGAAAUGAGACUUCUGAUAGUGUAGAAAGAGGGGAAAUCAAACCUAUCCUGAUGUAGCGACAUGGGACAUAGUUCACAGAGAGAAAAAAGGAACCUCUAUCUGUUGCCUCCUUCCUUUGUCCUGAGGAUCCCUGGUCGCUGGGAUCCAGACGGGACAUGGUGGUCUGCAUCUCUGCGUGACUCAGCAUCCUCAACCAAACGGAAUUCUGCCUGUUAGAGAGAUCACUGAGAAAGCCCACCACCAGAGGUCUCAUGAAACCAACAAUCAACGGGGAAUCUGGGGUGGGGGUGGCGUUGCCAAAGGUCUAUCACUUUUUCAAAUGGUGAUUUCCUGGAAAAGGAGCACAGAAGAUCCAGCAUCACUCAGGGGGACAAGGUGUGUCUGAUGGGUAUCUGUUCCAUCUGCCUACUAUCCUUUGUCAUUGAACAACUUUGUUCUGAUAGUGAAAUCUGGAGGAGGGUGAGGGAGAGAAGGAAUUUAAAUAAAUAUCUUGAAUGCCAAGAUCAGGUCAAUAGUUUGAAACCCUGUGAAUAAAUCCCAUUUGUGAGAUGGAAGGGGCCUUCAGCCUCAAAGAAUCCUCAGUUUCUCCAAGGGCAUCUUCUUCCCCUUUCCCCCUUUUUUAAUUGAAAGGAAAAACAAAGCAUUUCCCUUAGAAGUGCCUGCUUAACAAGUGACAGAUAGGAGUAAGAACGAGCAAGUGUUGCAAUGUCCCGCCUGCUCCAAACUUGCCACAAAGCCUCUGUCCUGUGACCCAUGACUGAGAUGGCCCCAGUCAGAAAAAGGCAUUUCCGAAAACCGGUUUCCCCAGAUCCUACCCCCAGCCCUCCCUGAUCCUGGGCUGUGAUGGCUGGCCUCCUUCCCCAAUGCAUCUCUCCCCUGUGAUUUUUUACAAGAGGAAACGAAUCAUAGGAGCCACCUUCUGAGAACUCUGGAUUCUUGGUGGACUUUCUAUAGAGUCAUAUUUGGAGGAGAUGAAAGCUUUAUAUUUUAAUGACUUUUAUGUGGCUAAUUCACUUCAAGGAGGCAUUACAGAAAUGCAAGUUGUGACCCUGUGUUCAGACACUAGAUUCUUACCUUUUGUAAUAGCCUGCAGGUAGACAGACAUACAGACACUCCCAGAACUCAGAAAGGACUUGGGCAGGGGGAUCUAGAUGGGGAAACGUGGUCUGAUGGUGCCUGAUAUCUCAAAGGUUUUUGUACAUAAUAUAUAUAUAUAUAUAAUAUACAUAUAUAAAUAUAAAUAUAUCUUAAUACAGCCAGUGAUCUGAACUUUUACAGUUUACUAUGGGGCUACUUAAUUCGGGGCAACGGAGGCCUCUUUUUAGUACACAGCAGUUAGAGUUUUUAUGGUAAAGGUUUUCUAAGUUGGGGUUAUAGAUAUGAUUAUGUCAUACACAGGUGUUCUUUUCUAGAGUUCGGGGCUAUGGAUGAGGUAUGAUUUGCAUAAGGUCUCAUUGGUUAGAAGACAUCUUUUUCCCCCUCCCUGAUUCUGUCCCCUGUUUCCUUUCAAUUUCCUGAGAGGGCAUUACUUAUCACUGAGAAGGAAAAAGAGAGCAGAGUUUACUAGCAUCCUUGAUUUGACCCUUUUAUCCAUGUAUUUCUUUAAAUGGGAAUCCAAACUUUUUAGAGUUUUUGAAAAUCCACCCCAAAAUAACCACAGCAAACAACUUACAGCAUAGUUGUUGUUGUUUUCUAAGACAGCUCUUUCAACCCAAAUUCCACAGAAUCUGACCUUCAGUAUUUAGUUUCCGUGAUACCAUCCUCUGCCAAUCCUCAGGAUAAUUCCUCCUAGGUUCAGUGCUGGUAGGAGUCCCAUAUUUCCCAUCAUUUCUCAGCUUCUUAAACCACACUUUCUCACUUUUAAUUUAUUUUACAAGGACAUAAAUUUACCCUUCAUUGCUGGAGAUUGCUAAUAAAAUAUCUUCAAGUAGAAAAACACCAACUUAUUGAAGAUGUCACUUUUGGGGGUGUUUUCUACAAAAAACAUGAAUUAGGGUUUUUUUUCUUUGAUAAAUCAGAGGGUUUUUUUUAAAUUUUAAAUAUUUUUGAGUGAUCAUGUUCUUGAAUAGAGCUGAGUCGAACAAUCCUAGCUAUGAGAUGAUAUUUAAUGUAAUAUAUUUUACUGGUCUUUCAGAUAUUCUAUAAAUCUUCUCUUUCCUAUCCUUGUCUUUUGUACAUUUAAUGUACAUAUUUCUGCCUCCUGUGAUUUGUAAAUUUCACUGGUCUAAGACACAAGCAAUGAAAGGCUUCUGCGGUGAUAAAAGAUAGACUAUAAAAUAAAACAUUGGUUGUAUAUUGGUAAGUGGUUUUAAUUGUCCUUUAGUUUAUGCCUAGGGAGGUUAUCAGAGACACGAAGAAGGAAAGGUUAGGUUGCUAAGAUGAUUUUUUUAAAAUAGGAAAGUGAAGCAUUUGGGCCAAAUCAAAAUUUCGAGGUAUAUAGAUGAUGGUAAAUGGAGCUUAGUGAAGAGACAGCCCUCUUCCUUUCUAUGAACCUCACAAACCCCACGCAGAUGGUCGAAAUCUGGUAGGGGAGGUCAUACAUUCUUUGAGCACCACACUGAUCCUGUCAUUGUUUCAGAGCAGGGUUGAGAUUUGCCACAGCUCUUAGAGGAAUUGAAGGGCGGGAAGAAAGAUGCUUUUUUUUUUUUUCGUAACCAGAUUUGUAGUCUCAGAAAAUGUAUAUCCGUGGUUUCCAUUGAAACUGUGGGACUUCUUUAUUAGACUUAGGCUGUGCACUAUGGGACUGGCUGACAGUGCCCCUUGAAAGAAAGCUUGACAAAAAGCUGAAUUCAGGCCCAGGAGGGCAAGAAUCCAUUGGCAACGAAAGGUUCAUUCUUUUAAAAGAAAUCUUAAAUCUAUACCAGGCUGGAGAAAGAUUGAUAAAUCAGCCUUUUUUUUUUCUUUUCUAGGAUAACCUUGUAACAUAUUGAAACCUUUCAAAGAUGCCAAGAAUGCAUUAUUCCACAGAAAAACAGUAGACCAACAUAUAGAGUGUCUAAAAUAGCAGCAUUUCUGGGCAAAUGUAAACGCUUGUGGUUCUAUUACUCACAUCUGUUUCAGUUUUCCUUCAUUUGUGUAUUGACCAGUAUUUGUUAUUGCAAAAACAUAGCUUCUACUUAGAAGAGUCAGCAAUUUUAUUUUAUCAUAUAUAUGUGUGUGUACAUAUAUGUAUAUGUGUAUACAUACAUAUAUACAUACAUACAUAUAUAUAUAUAUAUAUAUAAAAUCAUACUGGAGUACAUUCAAGACCUUCUCAGUACAGGAAAAUGAACAAAAAUUUAUAUAUUGCACCAGCCAAGCAAGGUCAGGUUCAAAAUAAUAAUUAUGAGGUCAAGGAGAGAGGGAAGCUGUUUUUAAGUUCCUGAGAGGUUGAUCUGUUCAGUUCUGUAAGCUGCUGCUGCUGCUGCUGCUGAUAUCCCUAGGCUGGCACCAGAAUUGUGUGCAGAAUCCAGCCAAGCCCCUGCUUUUAUGUGGUACUGUCCACAUUGGUUCCCAAGCCAGUUUUGCAAAAACAUUUCUUGGAGCUUCUGGUAUUCCCAAAGACCCAAGACCAGUGAAGAAUCUUUAAAAGAGUGAACUUCAGGCAAGAGACUUGUGUUUCAGGGGAUUGAUUUCCCAUGCUUUGCGGCUGAUAGCAAAAGAUGGUCAUUGGACAAAACAGGCCCCCUUCCCCAAAGUUGGUGGUACAUAAUAUAAAAUAUACAUAUAUAUUAUAUAUAUAUAUAACUUGAAGCAUAUAUGUAAUGCAAAUAAGCACCAAAGCACAUGUCUAAAAUAUUGCAUUGUCACUGUAAAAUAUACAUUUAAAAAUAUUUAUUAAAAAGAAGUUUAUUCUAGUCUCCCCUCCCCCCCUCCUGCAUGGAAUGGUGAAAAAUAGAUGUGAUCCUUUUGAAAGCAAGGCGAGGAAACGAAAUACAUUACUUUGGAUUCCAAGUCUUUUGGGGAGGAUAGAAUUUAAUUUUUUUAAAAAUGAUUUCUGUGUUCCUCCAUGUACUCAAGUUCCAACUCAUAAUAUAAAGUAGCUUGAUGAUAUUUUGCUUUAAGAAAAUAUUCGCAUGUUAGUCACCUGAAAAAAGGGGAAAAAUCACUAUGACAGGAUCUGGAGCAAUGAAUAGGUGUGACUUGUCUAAUGGUGUAUUCAUGGGAAUCUAACGGUGGAAUUAAAUGCUAUCAGUUUCAAAAGUAGAAUAAAAAAAAGGAGAAAAGCAGCAUCUUAAGCCGUUUCAAAUGCAGUGUAAAAUUUGCUGGGAUAGAUAUGAGAUAAAGAUUAUUUAUU